AUAAGAAUUCCCUUUUGUUAGUCCACUAUAAUCGUUCGAAUGAAUAAUACGCUUCGCUUACGUCAACGCCCGUGACAAUCUUUUUUUUAACUUUUGAAAAAAAAAAUUAAAAGUAUUUUGUUACUAAGAAACAAAUAAAAAACACUAAAAAUCAAACGUUCCCCUAAAAGCUCAUCAAUAAAGAGUUUUGUUUAUUAAAAAUGUCAAGUGUAAUUUAUUUUUUGGUGAUGUUAGUGACAGCAAAUGUGGUUUCGAGCAGAAUUGUGAACAACAGGAAAUGUCCAGAAGUCCGAGCGGUUCCACAUUUUGAUUUGUCCCAGAUGCUAGGAAACUGGUUCGUGGUAGAAUACUAUGCAAGUGAAGAGGAAGCGCUUUCUUAUAGCUGCAUGAGAGCAGUGUUCACAGAAGAUGACCAUGUACAAGCGGAAGACGGCACUAUCGAAUGGACUCCAGGUGUGACCAUGAACUUUACCUACCGCUUCGCCGACGACCCAUUGGAUGAAAACCUAUUAGGAAACAUAACCUGGAAAGUCGAUAUGAAUGAACCAGCUCAUUGGACGCACUCUGAAAUUACUUAUGAUGGAAUAUACAACACCUAUGUUUUGGACACGGAGUACAAGACGUGGAUGCUGUUGCUGCAUUGCGCUGAACAGAGAGAAGGGGCUAGAUAUCUCAGCGCCUUCGUACUCUCACGGACCACAAGCCUACCGAAGAAUGUGAUGGCUUAUUUGAGGGAUAAACUACCCAGGUACGACGUAGACGUCAAGUACGUGUUCCAGAUCCCCCAUAACAACUGUACGGAUAAGCCAGCAAAGGCAGACUAUUCCCCCAUACUGGUCGAGGUUGGCAGCAAGAUUCCCAGGAAACCUGGCGUCACGUACAAAAUCGGCUAUGGACAUUGAUAUAAUAAUCUAAAAUGUUUUUAUAAGAUUUUAUCGAAAUAAAAUGUAUUGUGCCAUAAUAAUAAAAUAUGAUUUUACACAU